AUGACAAAACUGACUAAUGAUGCCGACUACGAUGCCGGCGAAACGUUUAAGAAUGUACCAACUCCACUGUCUGAUGAUGGCAAUCAUGACAACUACUAUGGCAGACGACUUCGGGCUAGGUGCGUUCUACUAUGUCGCCCUGACAACAAGACCAAGAUGCGACAACGAGAUCAACCCACUUUUAAGAACUACUUUUGCCUGAUUGAUAGAUCCAAAAGAUGGCGACUGACCUCAUCUGCUCAAUGA